UUCUUCAAACUUGAGCACCUUCAUAGCUACAAUUCUUCAAACUUUGGCUAUUUCCUAGCGCUUUCGUAUUUUAUAUAUUGGGAUAUUACCUACUCAGAUAUCAUAGAAUAAUUGAUCAAUUAAAGCAUUCAUGUAUUCUAUAUGAUCUUCUAUUUUUUUUUUUGUGGUAAUAUAUAUCAUCUUCAUCAAUUACAUCUAAUUCCCUAGGCACUGAACCAUGGCUGAUCAGAUUGCACAAGUUGAAGCAAGCCAUCCUCCUGAAGAUCUCUAUGGUGCUCAGGGCUUCAUCCCUCUGGGCUUCAUCCGGAAUCCUGAUGGCUCCAUCACGCGUGAAGUCGUUGAUCCCAUCAACCCCGUCUCCUCCUACGAUAGCAGUCCUAUUCUUCUUGUCAAGGACAUCCCAGUAAACCCAUCUAAAAACACCUGGGUUCGUGUAUUCCUACCUAAAGAACCAAUUAAAUCCUCCCCGGACAAAAAACUUCCUCUCCUGAUUUAUAUCCAUGGUGGAGGACUUAUAAAGUGCAGCGCAGCCCACCCCUUUUUUGAUGAUAUUUAUAGUAUUUUUGCUGCUGAUAUUCCGGCAGUGAUCUUAACCAUCGAGUAUCGUCUUGCUCCGGAGCAUAGGCUGCCGGCAGCCUAUGAAGAUUGCUUGGAAGUUCUGCAGUGGAUCAAGAAUUCCCAAGACGAAUGGUUGACACAACAUGCGGAUUUAUCAAACAGUUUCAUCUUCGGCAACAGCGCCGGAGGAAACAUUGCCUAUCAUGUUUGUUUGAUUGCAUCUUCAUGUGUUGAUGAUCUUAAGCCUUUGAAUAUCAAAGGAGUGAUUUUGCAUCAACCAUUUUUGGGUGGCGUCAAGAGGACAGAAUCAGAGCUGAGGGGGGUUAACGACAAGAUUUUACCACAAGCUACUGUUGACAUUGGAUGGGAGCUAGCAUUGCCCGUUGGAGCUGAUCGAGAUCACGAAUUUUGUAAUCCGAUGCUCAGCAUCAAAUUAGGCCAAUUUGAUGCGAUUAAAGGUCUAGGAUGGAAGAUUUUGGUGGCUGGCUAUGAAGGUGAUCCAUUGUCUGAUCGUCAAGUUGAACUUGCCAAAAUCUUGGAAGAGAAUGGUGUGGAAGUGGUGGCUAAGUUUGAUAAAGGAGGUUAUCACGGUAUUGAAUUUUAUGAGCUUUCAAAAAUGAAAAUUCUUUGUGAUGUUGUUAAAAAGUUUGUAGAAUCCUUUGCAAAUGUAACUGCGUAGACAGAUUACAAGGUUUCUUCAAGAUGUGUGAUCUUCCUAAUCGACUAUGAUGAUUAAUCUUGUACUUUUCAUGAGCUUAAACUAAUAAUAUCUAUAAAGUCUUGUCAUUAAUCUUGUAAA